CCUCAAAGUCAUCGUGAUUCGUGGACUCGGUCUUAAAAACAGAACCCUAGUCUGCAGAUCCGCCAGAUCGCAUUCCAAAGGCCAACUGCACCCCCCUGAAAAUGGCGAUCUCGACGCUCCAUUUGUCUCUCCUCCUAACCCUCUCCUCUCUCGCUGCCGCCGCCGCCUCCGCCUCCGCCGACGGCUCUGACGUCGUCGCCGAGCUUCUCGCCCUCCAAUCUCAAUCCGACUCCGGCGUGAUCCACCUCAACGACCAUCUAUUCAACCGCCUCCUCACCGCCACCAAACCCCCUCGCCCCUUCUCCCUCCUCAUCUUCUUCGAUGCCACCCAGCUCCACAGCAAGACCGAGCUCCAACUCAAGGCCCUCCGAUCUGAGUUCGCCCUCGUCGCCUCUUCCUUCAUCGCCAACAAUGAAGACAAUCCAUCGUCUCGUUCCAAGCUCUUCUUUUGCGACGUCGAAUUCCGGGAGUCCCAAUCCACUUUUUCCGCUUUCGGCGUCAACUCCCUCCCCCACAUCCGCCUCGUCCCGGCCACCGCUCGCAACGUCAAGGACGAUAGCCAACAAAUGGACGCCGGAGACUUCUCGCGACUCGCCGAAUCCAUGGCCGAAUUCGUCGAAUCGAAAACGAAACUCACUGUUGGACCCAUCCAUCGUCCCCCGCUGUUCUCCAAGAAACAGCUGAUGGUGAUCUUUGCAGUAGUGUUGAUUUGGUUGCCAUUUAUGGUAAAAAAAGUGAUCGCCGGUGAGACCCUAUUGCACGAUCGCAAGAUCUGGAUGGCCGGAGCUGUGUUUGUGUACUUCUUCAGUGUUUCAGGGUCUAUGCAUAAUAUAAUUCGGAAGAUGCCUAUGUUUUUGGCCGACCGGAAUGAUCCAUCGCGGCUAAUUUUCUUCUACCAGGGCUCGGGAAUGCAGCUCGGAGCUGAGGGCUUUGCAAUUGGGUUUCUGUAUACAAUUGUUGGGCUGCUGUUGGCUUUAAUGACUCAUGUGCUUGUGAAGGUGAGGAAUGUGACUGCGCAGCGGCUGAUUAUGAUCGUAGCGCUGUUCGUUUCAUUUUGGGCGGUUAAGAAAGUUGUUUCCUUGGAUAACUGGAAGACGGGUUACGGAAUUCACAUGUACUGGCCUUCGAGUUGGCAGUGAGGCCAAAGAUAUCACUUGUUUGUCUCUAAUAAUAGGCAGGCAGGCAGGCAGGCAUUGGUGGUGCUCCUUCCUCUGAUGUCGUAUUCCUUUCAUGCCAUUGCCAUGCCAGGCGUUCGUUUUUAUCGUCUUCUUGCUUGCUUUUCAUCUUUGAGGAAAAUGCAGUCUGCUGGUGGAUGCAUUAGUACUAGCAGAGUUAUCCAUCUUGAAACUACUAUUCUCAUAUGUUCCUAAAAGAAGAGGCGUAUGAAGAAUUGAGUUGUUCACAUUGACCAGUCCCCCGAUUGCAAUAUGCAGCAGCCAGCUCAACCAUUUGCCAUUUGGCCCCCAGAUUGAUGCUAUGAUUUCUUUUCCCCCCUAAUUAAUGGAUUAAACUAGUAAUAAGUCACGCUCAACUUUUGCCCUCGCUAGGGAAUAUUUAAUGUAAUUGUAAUAUCAUGCCAUUAUGUAAACUUGCUUAUACACGAGUCAUCUCACUCAUUAUGGGUAACUUUUGAUAGACCAUUAAUAAUAA